UUGACACUGAUUUAUUAUUCAAGACAUAUUUUUUAUUUACUGAAUCAUGAAUUACAUGAAAUAUGUAUAUGAAUAACAAAACAUGUAGAAAACAACAUCUUUAAGAUUAUCCAUUAAAGGGUGCUUUUUAUUCUGAUUGCUGUCUCGGGACAGCAAUUUUGGCGUGCUCACAGAGUAACAUUACAUUACUCUGAGGCUGUGCUGGACCACAAAUAAACAAGAAAAUAAGAAGUAGAAUGACGACAUUUCUCUUCAAAAAGUGUUAACAAACCUUUUAAUUCGUUGUUUAAAACAAAUCCUCUUUUUUCGAAGAUAAUGGCUGCCGAUGAUUAUGGAAGAAUAAUUAAGAGAGAGCUUGAAUCUGUUGGGGAUGAAGUGAUUUUUGAAACAAAUAUCAUGAAAUGUGAAACAGGUGAAACUGAAAUGGUUGGUGAAUCUGGAAAAUAUGAUAUGUUUGGUAUAGAAAUGGUUACCCAAAACCUCGAAGAAAAAUAUGAUAUAGAUCAGAUUAAAUGUGAAAGUGUCAUUGAUGUUGACUAUGAACCCAAAUCAGAAAAAUGUAUAGAAGAAAUAAGUGAAGGCCCUCAUGAUAAGUUCCUUGAUAACCAGGGUGAAGAUAUGACUCAUGAUUCAAAACCAGUUACAGAUUCUGGGAACAUUUUUGUUAAAAUAGAGGAUGAAACAGUCAUCGAGAAGAAAGAAGAGAGCUUCAAUGAAACGGAGUCUUCAGCGUUUGGCACUGUUAACGAUCCUAUUGUGAAACCGUAUCAGUGCAAAAUCUGCUCGGAAUCAUUCAUUUCGAAAAGUCAUUUGAAAAUACAUGAAAAAACUCAUACAGGGGAGAAAUCAUUCCAAUGUAAAAUAUGUCUAAAGUCAUUUGUUGGAAGAAGUAGUUUCAAAUUCCACGAAGGAAUUCAUACUGGUGAAAAACAAUUUCAGUGCAAAAUCUGCCUGAAGUCUUUUUUUCAUAAUAGAAAUUUGAAAACACAUGAAAGAACUCAUACUGGAAAAAAAUCAUUUGCGUGUAAAAUCUGCUCAAAAUCAUUUUUUCAGAAUGCUCAUUUGAAAUCGCAUGAAAGAACCCAUAUUGGUAAAAAGUCAUUUCAGUGUAAAAUCUGCUUGAAGUCUUUUAUUCAUAGUAGUAAUUUGAAAACACAUGAAAGAACUCAUACUGGACAAAAAUUUCAGUGUAAAAUUUGUUCGAAGUCCUUUUUUCAGAGUAUCACUCUGGAGUUUCAUGAAAAAAUCCAUACUGGUGAAAAGCCAUUUCAAUGUAAAAUUUGCUUGAAGUCUUUUAUUUAUAGUAAUAGUUUGAAGCAACAUGAAAUGACUCAUACUGGAGAAAAGUUAUUUCAGUGUAAAAUCUGCUCAAAGUCAUUUUCUUACAGUUCUAAUUUGAAACCGCAUGCAAGAACCCAUACAGGUGAAAAACCAUUUCAGUGUAAAAUCUGCUUGAAGUCAUUCACUCAAAGUAGUAAUUUGAAAGCACAUGAAAGAAGUCAUACAGGGAAAAAAUCAUUUCAGUGUAAAAUCUGCUCAAAGUCAUUUCUUCACAGUGCUAAUUUGAAAGUGCAUGAAAGAACCCAUACUGGUGAAAAGCCAUUUAAGUGUAAAAUCUGCUUGAAGUCAUUCACUCAAAGUAGUACUUUGAAAAAACAUGAAAGAACUCAUACUGGCAAAAAUAUCAUUUCAAUGUAAAAUCUGCUGUCAUUUUGUCACAGUGCUAAUUUGAAAAUGCACGAAAGAACCCAUACUGGUGAAAAAAGUCAUUUCAGUGUAAAAUCUGCUUGAAGUCAUUCACUCAAAGUAGUAGUUUGAAAACACAUGAAAAAACUCAUACUGGAAAAAAUCAUUUCAGUGUAAAAUCUGCUGGAAGUCAUUUAAUCGAAGUAGUAAUUUGAAAACUCAUGAAAAAACACAUUCAUAAUGCUUUUUUCUAAUUGAAGUCUUUGAAAACUAAGUACCGUUUACAAUUAUUCAAUAGUAAAUACAUUAUAAACACAAAAGAAAAUAUAAUUAAAUUAUUUUACUUGAAUUACACAUAUUAUGAAGAUACAAAACAAAAGUCUUCUCAAAACAAUUGAUAGUUGUACAUUUGUCAAUAAGAAGUUUGUUCUUUUUUAUUUCUUUUUUAGACCCAGGAUAAUGUGCUUAUCUCAUUUUUGGUACAGUUAUUUUGAGGCAAGUUGAGAGAGUUUAUUUUUCUUUCCACUGAGGUUGAAAAAUAAUCUCCAAACAGAUUUGCAACUUUCAGUUUGUCGGGAUUUUUUUCCGUUAUAAGUUGAAAGUCAAGUUUUCCUUUUCGUUCUUAUUGGUACCUUUUUUCAUUUUUACCAUAUUCCAAAAGGUCUUUGAUUUGUUAUUAGAAUUGUUUAAUAGGUUAUAGCGAUAUAUUUUCUUUUCAGAGGAUAUGUUUAUAUUGAGUUCCCUUUUCAUUUGCUUAUACUUUUCAUUCAGACAGCAGUCACUGGCUCUUUUCCUCAGCCAAUUUAUAACUUUCAAGUUCUCAAUGCAAUUCUCUAGAAAAUGGUUUUUUUCUAUCGAUGUUUUUUUUUUCAUGAUUUAAUUUCUUGCAUUGGGAAAGCUAUCUCAAAACACCAGUCAAAGUGAGUUGAGAAGUUAUCUAAUACGACUUCAACAUUACUGUCUUGUAAUAUCUUUGUUUUAUUUUUUGUAUAAAAAGUUUUGAAUCCAUGCAUUGAGUUUGAGCAGAAUUUUCGUGUUACAAUGUUUGUUUUAUUGUUGUGUUUCAAUUUAUUUUUGUUUGUUAUGGACCAACUCAUGAUUUGGGCAAAGUGGUCGGAUAUUCCCAAGUCAAAGAUUUUACAGGAUGAGUUUUCUAUGUUACUUAUUACGUAAUCAAACCCACUGACGGUCAAGUGUUUUCCAUAUCUAGCUAUACGUGUUGGUUCGUUAUAGAGUAAAUUCAUGUUGAACAUUUCAAAUAGAUCGAAAAGUUGUUUUUUAUAGUAGCUAUUUUCUAUAAAAUUCAAAUUGAAAUCCCCACAGAUUGCAGAGUUUGCAUACUUAUCUGAUACAUUGUUUAAGAUGUGAUUCAGGUUAUCAAGGAAUAACUGCAGAUCUGCAUCAUUGGAUGAGCUUCGAUAAAUUGUGACAAUGCACAAUUCUUUGUUCUCUUUUAUCUGUUUAAAAUCUGUUUUUCCGUUAACCAUCUGUCGCACCC